AAUGAGAUCAGUAAACAAAUCCAAUACCUGUCACGUGUCUCGACAGGUCAGGCACACGAGGGGUCCAGUUAUGCGUCGAUGAAAGUGAAUCACAUGGCGUGGCAUCGGUUGGAGCACUCGCGCACCCGACUCAACGAUCUCGACCGCCUCAGACACCAACACCUCCUCCAAUGCCAACAACACCAACAGCAGCAGCAGCUACUCCAACAACAACUACAACAACCAUAA